CACGUCGGCAAGUCCAUCUCUCGAUCGCGUGAGCCAAAUUCAUCGUAGUUGGACAGAGACAUUUUCAUCAGCACAGCAAAUAUCGUUCAAGGAGACAUCACGAGCGGCUCGUCGUCUACCCGAGCGGGAGAUCAUUCGCUGAUAUUACGACAGAUCGAGAAGUCUGUCUUGCGCGUCGGCUCUCAAGCCGUUCAAGCAAAUUUCAACCCGUCCGAAGCACCAUUUCUGGCGGAGUCUCUCCAUUGAGCUGUCCGGUAGCAUUCAACAACCAUAUCAUCACCAGGAACUUCACAUUUGGUGAAAUUUGGGUUGAUGCUCCGCACCUGGGUUGUGGACUAGAGAAACUUGAAGCUUCUUCAAAGUCGAAAAAUAGCAGUCCUGCGGGGUGCACACACGAUGCAUCGCUUGACGGCCUGCCGGCGCCUGGCAUCUACAACAUCUUUCCUCACACCGUAUGCACAGACAUCGUCUCGAAAAAUAAGCGCGAGAUCGACUUCACUGUUCAUCGAUCGUUUUUCGAGCCCACAAAAUCGCACAUUCCCAAUUCUUACAAGAUGUGCCAAAUUGUCGGCGAAUACACAUAUUCAUAACCUUCGUUUUGCAUCAAAUCAUUCUGAAAGAGAUGUUUCAGAGAAGUCUGCGUCGCCCACGCAUGCAGAGCUUGGAAAGACGCCAUCGAAGAAUUCGUCCUCAUCAAAAUUAGCAUCGACGCCCGCAGCGCUUCUCGACGCUGCUCGGACGCGGACCACGGAGCUGGGAGCAAAAGUUCGAUCUUCACUCGAAAACAUCACACCUCAUGAGAACAUCUACAAUCUCCCCAAUUUCUUGACCGUCACGCGCCUCAUUGCCGCUCCUGCAACAGCAUAUCUUCUACUACACGAUCAACAUACGUGGGCGCUGGCCCUCUUUGCCUAUGCGGGAAUUACUGACCUCGUUGAUGGGUGGAUGGCUCGCCGAUGGAAACUGCAGACCGUUGCAGGGAGCGUGAUUGACCCGAUGGCGGAUAAGGCACUCAUGAUCAUUGUGACGGUGACUUUGGCAAUCAAGGGUGCUAUACCUGCGUACCUGGCGACACUCAUUUUAGGUCGAGACGCCGCACUUGGAAUUGCGGCAUUUUACUACCGAUAUGCCUCGUUGCCACCUCCAAAGACCAUGAUGCGAUACUGGGACUUCUCCCUCCCUUCCGCCGAAGUCCACCCAACCACCGUGUCGAAAUACAAUACCUUUCUACAGCUCGUCCUUAUCGGCUCGACGCUAGCCCUGCCCGUAAUUACGGCCAGUGCUCAUGGCGCUGGAGCCUUGAACGCAAUCCACUUGGACGCAGCUCACCUCAAUCUUGGCUUAACAUACUUCCAGUACCUGGUAGCGGCGACCACUGCCUGGAGUGGUCUCAGCUAUGCUUAUUUGAAGAAUGCUGUCACCAUCCUCGGCUCAAACGAAGAGCUCAAAGCCAAACAGGGCGCUCGAGGCAGAGCCAUCAUCGGUGUUACCUUUGGAAGUCUUGUCCUCCUUGCUGCAUGGCAGCACAUCAGGGGUGAUGGGGAUGCGACCGAGGAAGUGGCAUCGCCGGCUGAUGCUCGCGCUACAUCGUAGCUUUGAGGGAAUUUUUCUGAGUCAUCAAAUAUCCCGUGAUCGGGAUUGCCAUGAUCAUGCCGAUGCUGCUUGAGCUUCACGAGGAUUACGCACGAGGUGACACUGCUUGUGUAGGAUACCUUUCAUGUAUUAAAUUUAUGUAAUGUAACAAGCCAUCUGCAUGUCAGGAGCCAUACCCUCAGGUAUUCUCGGAUAGUCUAGGAAUCAUCUCGGGAGCUUCAGUCGCUCGGAUAUCAUCAUAUUUGGGCCCCAUAUCCGCAAGCGCAUCGAUGUGAGUCAUUGCGUCGUGCUGGGUCUCCAGUCCAUCAGCUGGCCCAUUCUGGUCUGAGUCAUCAUCUUCGUCCUCACUCUGCGCGCUGAGCUGACUUGAAGGUGUCGGCGGCUCAAGUCGAACUUC